UGAAUGCAUCAUACGUGCCGUCGUCACAUCCGGAAUCACGUUUUUCCUGUCAAUGAUGGCGGCGACCUUGUGUGGAAAGCUGCUACCUAAACAGGGUUGGCUGCCGGUUACACAGAGCGUCCGUCACGGAUCCAAGGCGGUGACUCGACACAGAAAACCGAUUCACAUCCUCAAACAGAAGCUGCUGGCUGUUACAAAGUAUGUUCCUCCGACGCCGGUGGUUCCCAAAGGGGCUUAUCCGUCCGAAAGACAAGAAGUCAAGGAGGAGUCUGGUUUCGUGUUACUCCUGAAGAGGGAAUUGAAGAAGCUCUUCCAGGAUUAUAAAAUGGUUGCCGUGGCCCAGAACUGCAACAGCAACGCUGAGGACAUGAGGAUUCUGAAGCACAGACUUCACCGACAUGGCAUCGCUGUCAAGUUCUUCCCCAAUCAGGUGAUGUGUUCGUUUCUGAGUGACAGCGUUUACUCCAACAUGGCUCCUCUGUUCAUUGGUCCGACAGUUCUGUUCGUUAGCAAAGAGCCGAAGGUGAAGGAGAUGCUGACAUCUCUGAGGUCCAGUCCACAGAUGACGCUUCUGGGAGCCUGCAUAGACAACACUCUGCUGAGCGCUCAGGGCGUGGUGAGCUACUCCAAGCUGCCGUCGGUGAGCGUCGUCCAGGGCGAGCUGGUCAGCGGUCUGGCCAUGAUGACCGCCCACACGGCCUCCAUGCUGCAGCGCCACCCGGCCCACCUGAGCGCCCUGCUGCAGCAGUACGUCAAGCAGCAGAGCUCAGAGGAAGCUCCCAAAGCAGAGGAGGCCACAUAGAGGAACUUACUGGAACUGUUGACUGGCUGAUUCGCAGAAAAAUUCAGCACCAGGAAGACUUGUAAGAGAGGAAAAAGUCUGAAAACUGUGCAUCCACCUCUACCCUGGACUGAUUUCAACGCACCUCGUGCUCUUGGUGGAAUUAUUGAACGGACAAUGCUGCAAAAGUAUCAGUGUCACCCUCAAUCCUUCCUUUAUUUAAGGAUAUAGUCGUAUGUUAAUAAACAACUUCUACUCUA